CCAAAGAGUACGGAUAUGGGCACGAGCUAUAUAAGCAACUGGGCUGGCUGCAAAUGAACAUUAUCGCUCAAGAGCUUUAGACAAACCCAAGCACAGCAAAAUGUACAAGUUUUUGGUUCUCGCUGCCCUCAUCGCCUGCUCUGCGGCCAAGCCAGGAGUUGUGGCCCCACUGGCUGCUCCUCUGGCCUACGCCAAUGCUCCUCUGUACGCCGCCGGCGGCAGCAGCCAGGUGGAUGUCCGCAACAACUACGACGGCACCCUGUCCUCCUACACCACCGCCCCCUUUGAGUUCACCGCCCCCUACUCCAGCCGCUAUGUCUCCGGCAUCCCAGCUGCCCCCGCCGUGGUGGCCAAGUACACUGCUGCUCCCGUGGCCGCCGCUUACUCCGCCCCUCUGGCUGCUCCCGCUGUUGCUGCUCCUCUGGCCGCUGCUCCCCUGGCCGCUGCUCCUUAUGCCACCCCCUAUGCCGCCGCCGCCUACUCCGCCUACCCCUACGCCUCUCCCUACGCCGCCCCCUACCUGGCAUCGCCCUACGCCGCUCCCUACGCUGCUCCCUUCGCCGCUGCUGCUGCAGCUCCAGUGGUGGUCUAAGGACACUCCCAUAAACCAAACCAAACUAUAGACAAUUUUUGUAAACAAACUUGAAAUAAAUAACGAACAAACAACUAUG